CUCCUCAUCUACAGGGGAGCACGCUGCAGUUUCCUCCUGCAGCGCUACCAAUGGAAAUUGUUUCAGCACUUUUGCUGCUCGUCAUAGAUUUUGCCGCUUUGUCUCUUGGUACACGUGGGAAUCUUGCGGAGGAAGUGGGCACAUCAUGUCUGGCCAUUGGCCUCUUACUUGUGGCUGCGGUGGGGGCCAUUUAUUACAUGUGGUUACAGACGUAUGUCAUGAUGCUCGACUUGGCUUUCUCCGCUAUACUCCUUGGCCUCAACGUCUUGGCGGUAUUGGCAGGGGUCUACGCUGUGCAAGGUGCAAUAAGGGCGAAACAUAGCCCGCGCCAGAGAUUUGCACCGCAACCACAUGGCCUACCGAGUUUUAUGCGGGAUAAAGUGAAGCGGCACAAGGAGGACUAG